ACCAUGACUACUUCAAAGGAUGCAAUAUAGAUAUAAAAUAACACACCCCCUCUAACAGAAGUUGAAAGUAAGUUUGCAGGCGAAUGCACUUACAAAAUGGAUGUUGAAACUGUGGCGCACAUUUCUCUGUAAUCAUUAGAAGUCUGGUAAAAGUAUUGAUUUGAAGGAAAGACGAGCAGAUUCUGGGGUCAGUGCUCUAAAAUGAGUCUCUCUGGGGAGAGAGAGGAGGGGGGCCCUGCCUCUAAAAUGCAUCUCUCUGGGGGACAUGACACCAAAGCUAAGAGACCAAUCCAGCAGGAGAGACCAGCCUCCCCUGUUCCCAGCUGUGUGUCCAUGAAGAGUGACCGGUCUAUGGAUCAACCUCUAUACUUUAGAGAGGGAGACUUUUCUACUGAACAAAGACCAAUCCAGCAGGAGAGACCAGCCUCCCCUGUUCCCAGCUGUGUGUCCAUGAAGAGUGACAAGUCUAUGGAUCCUCCUCUAUACUUUAGAGAGGGAGACUUUUCUACUGAACAAAGAAACCAACAGGAGAGAUCAGAGUCAGAGAUUCUCAGUGGUCAGUCUUCCCAGAGUCAUCAAACAGACCUGGCCUCCAUAUUCAGUAUGCUUGAAGAGAAAAUUAUGACAUUUGUGAAGAACGAGCUGAAGAUAUUCAAGAGGAUUCUUAGUCCAGAACUCCCAGAAGGCUUUGAGAGUCAGAAGCAGGAUAAGGAAGUGGUGGACCCUGAAGAUGAGAAGCAGGAGAGCAGUGCCAGAGAGGGGGCUCUGAAGAUCACACUGCACAUCCUGAGGAAAAUGAACCAGAAGGAGCUUGCUGACACACUGGAGAUGUAUUCAGAUGAUCCUGCUGUGAUUUGCCAACGUGAACUCAAAUCUAAUCUGAAGAAGAAGUUUCAAUGUGUAUUUGAGGGGAUCGCUCAACAAGGAAACCCAACACUUCUCAAUAAGAUCUACACAGAGCUCUACAUCACAGAGGGUGGAACAGGAGAGGUCAAUAAUGAACAUGAGCUGAAACAGAUUGAGACAACAACCAGGAAACAAGCAAGACCAGAGACUCCAAUCAAAUGUAACGACAUCUUCAAACCCUUAACUGGACAAGACAAACCUAUCAGAACUGUGCUGACAAAGGGAGUCGCUGGCAUUGGAAAAACAGUCUCUGUGCAGAAGUUCAUUCUGGACUGGGCUGAAGGAAAAGCAAAUCAGGAUGUCCAAUUUGUAUUUUCAUUCCCUUUUCGGGAGCUGAAUUUGAUGAAAGAGGACAAACACACUUUGAUUGAACUUCUUAAUCACUUCUCAAUGGAAACCAAACAAUCAGGAAUCUCCAACUACAACAAGUACAAAGUUCUGUUCAUCUUUGAUGGUCUGGAUGAGUGCCGACUGCCCCUAGACUUCCAGAAGAACAAGAUCUGUUGGGACGUCACAGAGUCAACCUCAGUGGAUGUUCUGCUGACAAAUCUCAUCAAGGGAAAUCUGCUUCCCUCUGCUCUCCUCUGGAUAACUACCCGACCUGCAGCAGCCAAUAAGAUCCCUUCAGGGUGUGUUGACCAGGUGACAGAGGUACGAGGGUUCAAUGACCCACAGAAGGAGGAGUACUUCAGGAAGAGAUUCAGUGAUGAGGACCUGGCCAGCAGAAUCAUCUCACACAUAAAGACAUCAAGGAGCCUCCACAUCAUGUGCCACAUUCCAGUCUUCUGUUGGAUUUCUGCAACAGUCCUUGAACACAUGCUGAAACAUAAGAGAGAAGAGAUGCCCAAGACUCUGACUGAGAUGUACACACACCUUGUGGAGUUUCAUACCAAACAGAAGAAUGAAAAGUAUCUUGGGAAAGAAGAGACAGGUCCACACUGGAAUAAAGAGAGCAUUCUGUCACUGGGAAAACUGGCUUUUCAACAGCUUGUGAAUGGCAAUCUGAUUUUCUAUGAAGAAGACCUGAAAGAGUCUGGCAUUGAUGUCAAUGAAGCCUCAGUGUACUCAGGAUUGUGCACACAGCUCUUUAAAGAGGAAUGUGGGCUGUACCAGGACAAGGUGUACUGCUUUGUUCAUCUGAGCAUUCAGGAGUUUCUGGCUGCUGUAUAUGUGUUCCUCUCAUUCAUCAACAACAAUGAGAAUCUAAUGGACAAACUGCAAACAAACAACGAGCCUGAAGUUACUGUCUACAAGAGUGCUGUGGAUAAAGCCUUACAAAGUGAGACGGGAAACCUGGACCUUUUCCUCCGCUUCCUCCUGGGCCUCUCACUGGAGUCCAAUCAGAAGCACUUACGAGGUCUACUGACAAAGACAAGAAGCAGCUCACAGAGCCAUGAAGAAACAGUUGAGUACAUCAAGGAGAAGAUCGGGGAGGAUCUCUCUCCAGAGAGGAGCAUCAAUCUGUUCCACUGUCUGAAUGAACUGAAUGACAAUUCUCUAGUGGAGGAGAUCCAAAGAUACCUGAGAUCAGGAAGUCUCUCAAAACCCAACCUGUCACCUGCACAGUGGUCAGCUCUGGUCUUUGUGUUGCUGACUUCAGAAAAGGAGCUGGAUGUGUUUGACCUGAAGAAAUACUCCAGAUCAGAGGAAGGUCUUCUGAGGCUGCUGCCAGUGGUCAAAGCCUCCAGAGCUGUUCUGCUGUCAGGCUGUGGAGUCACAGAGGAAGGCUGUGCUUCUCUGGUCUCAGCUCUGGAGUCAAACCCCUCACACCUGAGAGAGCUGGACCUGAGCUACAAUGACCUGAAGGAUUCAGGAGUGAAGCUGCUCUCUGCUGGACUGGGGAAUCCCCACUGUAAACUGGAGACUCUGAGAUUGUCAGGCUGUGGAGUCACAGAGGAAGGCUGUGAUUCUCUGGUCUCAGCUCUGAGGUCAAACCCCUCACACCUGAGAGAGCUGGACCUGAGUAACAAUGACCUGAAGGAUUCAGGAGUGAAGCUGCUCUCUGCUGGACUGGGGAAUCCCCACUGUAAACUGGAGACUCUGAGGCUGUCAGGCUGUCUAGUCACAGAGGAAGGCUGUGCUUCUCUGGUCUCAGCUCUGAGGUCAAACCCUUCACACCUGAGAGAGCUGGACCUGAGCUACAAUCACCCAGGAGACUCAGGAGUCAGACUGCUCUCUGCUGGACUGGAGGAUCCACACUGCAGACUGGAGAAACUCAAUGUUGAACAUGGUGGAGAGAACACAAUGAAACCUGGACUUAGAAAAUAUGUCUGUGAUCUCACACUGGACACAAACACAGUAAACAGACUCCUCUCUCUGUCUGAGGAGAACAGAAAGGUGACAUGGAGGAGAGAGGAGCAGCCGUAUCCUGAUCACCCAGAGAGAUUUGAGGACUGUAGACAGGUGCUGUGUAGAGAGGGUCUGACUGGGCGCUGUUACUGGGAGGUAGAGGGGAGUGGGAGAGAGGCUGGUAUAGGAGUGACAUAUAAAGGAAUCAGCAGGAGAGUAGGGGUUAAUGACUGUUGGCUUGGAUGCAAUGACAAGUCCUGGAGUCUGAUCUGCUCUGACAACAGAUACUCUGCCUGUCACAAUAAUAAACCCACUACCAUAGACGUCCCCCCCUCCAGCUCCCACAGAGUAGGAGUGUAUCUGGACUGGCCAGCCGGCACUCUGUCCUUCUAUAGAGCCUCCUCUGACACACUGACCCACCUGAUCACAUUCACCUCCACAUUCACUGAGCCCCUUUAUCCAGGGUUUGGGGUUUGGUGGGAUGACUCCUCAGUGUCCCUGAAAUAAUAACUGAAACAAAAAGAAGCAACAAAGACACACAUUUAUACAGUGACACACACUGGACACACACACACACUGGACAAACAAACACACACACACACUGGACAAACACACACUGGGCAAAUACACACACACACACACACACACAGGACACACACACACAGGACACACACACACAGGACACACACACACUGGACACACACACACUGGACAUACACACUGGACACGCACACACACACUCUGGACACACACUCACACACUAGACACGCACACACACACUCUGAACACACACUCACACACUGGACACACACUCUGGACACACACACACACUCUGGACACACACACACACUCUGGACACACACAAACACACUCUGGACACACACACACUCUGGACACACACACACACACACACACUCUGGACACACACACACACACACACACACACACACACACACACACACACACACAUGUGCGUCUUUCUAUAGUUGUGAGGAUCUCUUACAGCAACACUGUUAAAAUACCAAUGUGAUCAUGUGUUGUGUUUUAUGUUGAAUAAUAAAUUGUACAAUUAUAUAUAAUUAUAUAUGGACAUACGCUCCAUAGUUGUACAAGUAUACAAGGAUAUAUUGUACUUUUCAUAAUAAAACAUACUUGAAACAAGAAAAGCUUGUUAAUUGUGAAAACAGUUUAGUAUUGAUUUUACGUUGCCUCUGUCAGGUUGACGUUAAACCUCUUGGAACUCCCCAGCCCAGAUCCGGGAUCGU